AUGAAUAAGGAAGUGUGUGAAAAGUUCGAUAAUGUAUGGGAGGCUUUCCCCGAUGAAUUGGGCACCAACGGAGAGUAUCAAUUUAAAACAACAAAUUUCUUAGAUAGUUAUUGUUAUAAUAGUGAAUGUAGUAGUGAUUACGGAAAAAUUAAUGCUGGAUUUUUAUAUUUGCUUAAUAAAUUAUGUGGGGUUUCUGGUUUGUUUAAUUCUUGCGAAACAAGUAACAUCAAUGUUGUUGAAUACACUAUGAUAUGGUUAUGUUAUAUGUUAAACCUAAAGAGUACUAAAGAUGACAACAUCACCAAUCUAAAUAAUUUUUAUAAUACAAAUAUAAAAAAUCACAACAACUAUAGUAGUUUCAUUGAGCUUAUAAAUAAAAAAAAAGAAUUGAUGAAUAUUUCUAAAGAUAAAGUGUCUAAACUUUAUAAUUUAUUUAAAAUUUUAUGUCAAAUGUAUACUAAAAUUGAUGAAGACAAUAAAAAAUGCAAUAACUAUUUGAAAGGUGAUAAUGAAUUUUUUGUUGAAUAUCAAAAACUCCUUAAUGAUAGUGAUACUGGUAAUGGAAAUAGUUACUAUAGUCAACUAUUGUCUACUUUAUCAACUGAUUAUGAUAAAUUAAAAAAUGAAUGUGAACAGAUUUUGUCCUCUAAACCGAAAGAAAUAAAACAAAGUUAUGAAGAUACACCAUCAAGUUCGUCGAUAACAACCAGAUUAUUUACAGUUUUAUCGAUAUUUGGUGCAAUAGGAUUUCUUUUGGGGAUUUCUUAUAAGUAUUCGUUAUUUGGAUUUCGGAAACGAUUUAAAAAACAACAAAUAAGAGAAAAAAUAAAAAAUAUAAAGAAGAGAAUAAAUCAUUAA